AUGCACAGCCCAACUGGUGGUUUCCUCCAACCAACAACCCCCAACCUCAAGUUAAGCCUAAGCAGCCCCAAUGGCCAGAGCCCCAGUGGCCACAGCAGCAAAUUCCCCAGAAACCACAACAGCGGACUCCCCAGAGGCCAGAGUCCCAGGGGCCACAGCUGCAGACUCCCCAGGGGCCACAUCAGCAAACUCCCCAGAGCCACAGCUGCAGACUCCUCAGUGGCCACAGCUGCAGAAUCCCCAGAGACCAGAGCCCCAGGGGCCACAGCUACAGACUCCCCAGAGACCAGAGCCCCAUGGACACAGCUGCAGACUCCCCAGUGGCCACAGCUGCAGACUCCCCAGUGGCCACAGCUGCAGACUCCCCAGAGACCAGAGCCCCAGGGGCCACAGCUGCAGACUCCCCAGAGACCAGAGCUCCAGGGGCUACAGCUGCAGGGGCCACAGCUGCAAACUCCCCAGAGACCAGAGCCCCAGGGGCCACAGCUGCUGACACCCCAGGGACCAGAGACACAGGGGCCACAGCUGCAGGCUCCCCAGGGGCCACAGCUACAGACUCCCCAGGCACCGGCACCCCAGGGGCCACAGCUGCAGACUCCCCAGAGACCAGCAUCCCAGGGGCCACAGCUGCAGGCUCCCCAGGGACCAGAGCCCCAGGGGCCACAGCUGCAGGCCCCCCAGGGGCCACAGCUACAGACUCCCCAGGAACCAGCACCCCAGGGGCCACAACUGCAGACUUCCCAGAGACCAGCGCCCCAGGGGCCACAGCUGCAGGCUCCCCAGGGACCAGAGCCCCAAGGGACACAGCUGCAGGCUCCCCAGGUUCCUCAGGGGUCACAGCUACAGACUCCCCAGAGAUCGGUGCCCCAGGGGCCACAGCUGCAGACUCCCCAGAGAAUAGAGACCAAGGGGCCACAGCUGCUGACUCCCCAGAGUCCGGUGCCACAGGCGCCACAGCAGCAAACCACCCAGAGACCAGAGACCCAGCACCAAACUACCCAGAGACCAGAGCUCCAGGGGCCACAGCAGCAAACCACCCAGAGACCAGAGCCCCAGGGGCCACAGCUGCAGACUCCCCAGAGACCAGAGCUCCAGGGGCUACAGCUGCAGGGGCCACAGCUGCAAACUCCCCAGAGACCAGAGCCCCAGGGGCCACAGCUGCUGACACCCCAGGGACCAGAGACACAGGGGCCACAGCUGCAGGCUCCCCAGGGGCCACAGCUACAGACUCCCCAGGCACCGGCACCCCAGGGGCCACAGCUGCAGACUCCCCAGAGACCAGCAUCCCAGGGGCCACAGCUGCAGGCUCCCCAGGGACCAGAGCCCCAGGGGCCACAGCUGCAGGCUCCCCAGGGGCCACAGCUCCAGACUCCCCAGGAACCAGCACCCCAGGGGCCACAACUGCAGACUUCCCAGAGACCAGCGCCCCAGGGGCCACAGCUGCAGGCUCCCCAGGGACCAGAGCCCCAAGGGACACAGCUGCAGGCUCCCCAGGUUCCUCAGGGGUCACAGCUACAGACUCCCCAGAGAUCGGUGCCCCAGGGGCCACAGCUGCAGACUCCCCAGAGAAUAGAGACCAAGGGGCCACAGCUGCUGACUCCCCAGAGUCCGGUGCCACAGGCGCCACAGCAGCAAACCACCCAGAGACCAGAGACCCAGCACCAAACUACCCAGAGACCAGAGCUCCAGGGGCCACAGCAGCAAACCACCCAGAGACCAGAGCCCCAGUGGCCACAGCCCCAGAGACCACAGCUACAGACUCCCCAGUGGCCACAGCUACAGACUCCCCAGGCGCCACAGCUACAGACUCCCCAGAGACCAGAGCCCCAGGGGCAACAGCUGCUGACACCCCAGGGACCAGAGACACAGGGGCCACAGCUUCAGGCUCCCCAGGGGCCACAGCUACAGACUCCCCAGGCACCGGCACCCCAGGGGCCACAGCUGCAGACUCCCCAGAGACCAGCGCCCCAGGUGCCACAGCUGCAGGCUCCCCAGGGACCAGAGCCCCAGGGGACACAGCUGCAGGCUCCCCAGGCUCCUCAGCGGCCACAGCUACAGACUCCCCAGAGAUCGGUGCCCCAGGGGCCACAGCUGCAGACUCUCCAGGGGCCAGAGCCACAAGGUCCACAUAAACAAGCUCCCCAGUGGCCAGCAGUAACUAAAACUCUAAAUCCGAGAUGCCAAGUUGAGUCUAACGAUAGAGUGCAAUGUGGAACCUCUAAAAUUACUUUGGCUCAAUGUGAGGCUAUCGACUGCUGCUUCAAUGGACAGCAGUGCUACUAUGGGAAGGCAGUGACUGUGCAGUGUACCAUGGAUGCUCAGUUUGUGGUGGUGGUGGCCAGGAAUGCCACUUGGCCCAAAAUAGACAUUGAUACCAUCAUCCUGCUGGGGGGAAACAAUGGCCCCUGCAGUCCUGUUGGCAUCACUUCAGCCUUUGCCAUAUACCAGUUCCCUGUCACAGCCUGUGGAACCACUCUGAAGGAGGAAAAUGGUUAUAUGGUUUAUGAGAACAGGAUGGUGUCUUCCUAUGAAGUGGGGGUCGUACCCCAAGGCGCCAUCACCAGAGACAGCCAAUUUGAGCUGCUGUUCCAGUGUAAGUACUCCAAUACUGCGGUGAAGGCUCUGGUUAUUGAGGUGAACAGUGUUCCUGCACCCGCUCCGGUUGCUGUUAUGGGACCGCUCAGAUUGGAACUCAGACUGGCCAAAGGAACUUGUGACACCAAGACAUGUAAAGAUGAGUCCAGUGCCUUCACAUCGUUUUACACUGAGGAAGACUACCCUCUCACUAAAGUCCUGAGACAACCUGUAUACGUUGAGGUGCGCAUCCUGGAGAAGAAGGAUCCCAACCUGGUCCUAUUGCUGCAGCGCUGCUGGACCACCUCUGACCCCAGCCUUGUCAGCAUGCCCCAGUGGGACCUCCUCAUUGAAAAAUGUUCCGAACAGAAUGAUAAUUACCAGACCACCAUGGUCCCUGUGGAACUCUCCUCUGGCCUUCUGUACCCCAGCCACUACAAACGCUUCAUCCUCAAGAUGUUUACCUUUGUGGAUCACACUCUGGCUCCCCGCAAAGAUACAAUUUUCAUCCACUGUAGUGCAUCUUUGUGCUACCCUACUCCAUGGGACUCCUGUGAACCAAAAUGCAUCAAACAAAGAAGAGAUGUUGCUUGGAUGAAGACUAGGCAAACUGCUGUGGUCUCCAGUGGAGAAGUGGUCCUGGUUGACAAAAAGCCAGCCUAGCCUUCAAACUAUUGAUACUAGCAACAGUUUGUAGCAGGAUAUGAAAUGAUGUACUCCGUCCUUCCUUACCCAUUACAGUGUAGGUAUUGAAAAUCACUGGCAGUACUUUUUCUACAAACCUUUUACCUGGCGAUUGUUUCUAAUUUCUUAAUACGGAAGAAACGUGUCUCUUAUAAACGUCCUUGUCCAUUUGCAGGUGGUACUCCAAAAAUGAGACUAUUCAGAAAGAUAUUAAAUCCACUUUUUGCACCGAGUGAGGAGUUCCCUCGCCUUUCCCAACAUAUUGCAGGGACUACUCUUUUCUAUGCGACACGGUGCAGCAACGCGUAGAAGUAGACAACAGCGCAUCACACAGUGCGGCCAAAACAAUGUUCUAUACACAUGCAAGAGGCAUUUCUCAUUAGAUACAAACAGUGGAUUUAAUAUUUUUCUGAAUAUUCGUGGUUUUCUGGUGUUCCAUCUGCAACUGGACAAAUUAGUUUAUAAGACUGGAACCUUCUGAAUCGAGAAUGAAGAAUGUACCUCAAAGUAAAGGUUUGUCUAAAAUAUCCUGAUUACGGCUAAACAGCAGUUUAGGCAUGACAUCAGACACAAGCUUUAGCUCUGCCGCUAAAUGUCGUGUUUACAUGGCUAUGAUAAAACAUGGGUUCCUGAUUUCGCAACGUAUUCGUUUCUAAUAAACAGUUGUACCCCCCAAAUUAUAUUGACUUAUUUGUGGAUAUUAAA